GGAACGUGUUGUUGAAGGGACGUUUAGGUUAGAAGGAAUUGGCUCAGAGCUCCUGUCACUCUUCAGCAUCAUCUUGUUGUGAAAACGAAAUGACAUCAAAAAAACUAACUCAAUUAUAGCCAAAACAGAUCCAUUUUCAUUUAGCUAUCUUGUCAGCUUGAGAUAUUAUCUCAGUCGGAACGCAGAAUUUAAUACUAAUUGUAUAUCAAGACGUCAUUCUUCAAUUGUAUUCAAUGGAAAAACGGAAUGGCCACCACGGCGAGAAUGAACCGGAGACCGGGGAAAACGAAGAAACGGCGCCUGCUCCACCGAAACAGUCGUGUUCAAGGAGUGACGAGUCGAAUAUUUUUAUAUUAGACGGUAACAACACGGAGACGACCACGACCGGGGGUUGUGCCACUACCGACGAACGACGCACAUCUACAUCCAACUAUUCGUCGAGGCAAAAGAUUGACUCCCUGGGAAAAAUCAGGCCACCCUUCCCUUGGUUUGGGAUGGACAUCGGUGGCACCUUGGUGAAGCUGGUCUACUUUGAGCCCAAAGAUAUCACAGCCGAGGAGGAGCAGGAGGAGGUAGAGAACCUAAAGAGCAUCCGGCGCUACCUGACCUCCAACAUAGCCUACGGUAAGACUGGGAUCAGAGAUGUUCACCUGGAGAUGAAGGACCUGACGAUAUGCGGACGCACAGGGAACCUCCACUUCAUCCGCUUCCCCACCCAGGAUCUGCCGGCCUUCCUACAGAUGGCACGCAACAAACACUUCUCCAGCCUCCACACCACCCUCUGUGCCACCGGAGGGGGUGCCUACAAGUUUGAGUUUGACUUCCGCCAGAUGGCUGACCUCCAGCUGCUGAAGCUAGAUGAGCUGGACUGUCUGAUACGGGGUGUACUCUACAUAGACUCAGUGGUGUCCAAUCCUUCAGAGUGUUACUACUAUGAGAACCCUACAGACCCUGAACACUGUGUCCAGAAACCCUUCACUCUGGAGAACCCUUACCCUCUACUGCUGGUCAACAUCGGCUCUGGCGUCAGCAUUCUGGCCGUCUACUCCAAGAACAACUACAAACGAGUAACCGGGACCAGUCUGGGUGGAGGGACAUUCCUGGGGCUGUGCUGUUUACUGACUGGCUGCUCCAGCUUUGAGGAGGCUCUGGAGAUGGCGUCGCAGGGGGAGAGCACGCACGUGGAUAAGCUAGUACGGGACAUCUACGGAGGGGACUACGAGCGCUUCGGCCUCCCCGGCUGGGCUGUGGCCUCCAGUUUUGGGAACAUGGUGUGUAAAGAGAAGCGGGAGUCCAUCUCUAAAGAGGACCUAGCCAGAGCCACCCUGGUCUCCAUCACCAACAACAUCGGCUCCAUCACCAGGAUGGUUGCGCUCAACGAGAACAUUGAGAGGGUGGUGUUCGUAGGGAACUUCCUGAGGGUGAACACCCUGUCCAUGAAGCUGUUGGCCUACGCCAUGGAUUACUGGUCUAAAGGCCAGCUGAAAGCCCUGUUCCUCAGACACGAGGGCUACUUCGGAUCAGUCGGGGCUUUGCUGGAACUCCUGGAUCCAUCCUGAUUGCUACGGUGGCCCUGAAGGUCAAACUAGCACUUAAGACCCAAGGACUGCUCUCACCCAAAGCCAGACUCGCACUAAGACUGUUAAACCAAAGACCGUCCAUCCAGCAGGAGCUUUACACUUUUAUCCUCCACACUCUAUUGGUGUGGUGUGCUUGCCUGUACAAGUAGCCAGGUAGGUAGCCUGUAUAGUAGACAAGUAGCCUGGUCCGUCUGCAUACGUUUGACAGGACUAUGAAUCCCACCAGGAACGACCACCGAUGUUGCCUUAACUGCUGGAUAAUCACAUGCCUGUUUGACAGGUUUAAUAUAAUUGCUCUGUCGCCAUCAGCAGCCGAUGGCUCAGCUCUAGAUGUUGACCUCCAUAGAAGGCUCCAUGGUUGGGGCCCACUGGGCAUUCUACUGGCACUCGCGUCAGGGUUCAUUCCGGCCAAUACAGGAAGUACAUUGACGUUCCGAUUCUCUUCAAUGCUUUUCAUUUAGGAAAAUGUGGAAUUUGGUUUACUUUCUGAAUUGACAGGAAUUGUAAUGGAAUUGAUCUCAACCCUGAUUUACUGUUACGUUAAAUUUAUUUUGUAUUUUUUACUAUUGUUUACUGUGACGUUUUUCAGCUCAGAUGCAAAGUAAUUGCUACAUGUUGAUGGAAGAGGUUUUGAUUGAUAUCUGAUAAUGGCAAAUGGAAUAUUUGUGGGUCUGUUUUGGACAUAAAUGUUAAGUUUUUCACCUGAA